AUCAGACUGACAGCGACCACCUGGGAAGAGGGGUCGAGUAAGGCAAAGGCCGCCACCGCUGUCACCAAACAGACGAACUGCCAGUUCAAGAACCACAACCCAGACCGUAUGGGUCCGAUUCUGUUCAUGAUGAAUGGAGCCGCCCAAGUCCCGGAUAGCUCCGCCGCCACAGCACCAAUUCUCAUUGCGCUCACUUGCAGGGGGGUGAAACCGGUGUGA